GAGCCGAUGGUAGAGAGUGUUAAGCUAAAGUAUUCGUGCAUCGAAAUGAUGACUUUCACCUCUCUCUGGUCAAGUUUUGAGGACAUGUACAAAUAUAUGUGCUAAUUAACGUGAAGGAUUCUCUGAACAUCACAGAACGAGGAUAUUACGUUAUGAUCGUUUCCUGAGUCUUAAGGCACGCGGAAAAUGAUGGAUUACGAUCCAACAGACAUCUUGAGGAAAUAUGGAGAAAGACCUGGACUUUUUCAUAUAUCAUUGAACGCCUCACAAAAUCCACCAGCACAGCAACUGACACAUAGGAUCAAAGUUAUGGAGAAGUUAAUCCGGGACUUCUCAGAAGGAUUUUCAGGUCAAGCGUCUAGAAACUUACUUGGAACAUUCUAUUUCUACAAUAACCAAUACUUAAAAGCUGUUGAAACAUUUCAAGAGGUUCUUAAAAUCGAUCCGAAUUCACUAACUGCCUCAGCAAAUCUUGCAUUUGUCUAUCGGAGAUUGAAGCAACCUUCCAAGGCGGAAAAGUAUUCAACUGAACUUGCAUCAAACGAUGAUGAAAGACAAGGGAUUGCGCUAGCAGAUCAAGCUUUUGCAUUCAUCUUUGAUUGUCAUGUAGAAAAAGAUGUAAUGGAAAGGAAUAAAGUACCAAAAGAUCUCCUCGUUCAAAGUCUGGUAAAGCUUCAAAAGAGUGACCGAAAAGAUCUCGUCAUGGAGGUGAACUUUUGGUUAGGUCAGACAUAUUACCGCCUCCUCACACAGUGUCCAAGACAAAAAGGAACGGAAGAAAAAGCAAAAGAAUUUUAUAUGAAAGGUGUUAAAGCAUUAGCAAAAGUUACCAGAUUUAGAAAGGAUGACGACUUUACAAAGACAUAUGUAUCCCCAGCAUGGGCUUUUCUUGGUCUUUUCCUAUCAAGAAGAGGAACAAUUAGGGACGAGAAUGGAAAAUCGACAGAGAAAACCAUUGAGCAAAUGGACGAUGACAUCAAACACCAUUUGAAGGAAUUAGGUCUAAUUCAGUUUUUAGAAAAUCCUGAAGAUUGCUUUAAAAAGGGUCUUCAGUGUGGUAUAGAAGCAAACGAAGAACCGUUCAAAGAAUCAAAACUCUCUACUGAACUAUUAAUUCGAUACGCAAUUUUUCUAAAAUCUAAAAGGAGAUAUAAAGAAGCUUUAGAGAAAAUUGACGAAUCUUUGGAGAUUGAUAAAAGCCAGGGAAACUGGUUUGCUUGGACAGUAAGAGCAGAUAUUUUAUUCAAAUUAGAUCGAAUAGAUGAAGCAAUCAAAGAUAAGGAAAUAGCGUGCUCUUGGAAUGCAAGUACCCAAGAUCUUUGUGAACUGGCCAAAGCAUACCAAGAGAAAUACAAGUCAUACAAAACAACAGAUGAAAAAAUGGCAGAUGAAUUUCUUUUGAAAGCCUCUGGAUGUUUUCUUCAAGCGGUAGAAAGCCUUAGACAGCAGAAAAGACCAGAAGUGCAUCGUGCUUACGGCAGAUUCUUACGCGAAAUAGGAGAAGUCAGAGAAGCUAUAGAAUGUUUUAAGAGAGCAAUGGAGAUUGAUACUGCCAACAAAGCAACACAAAGCUUUAUUCAAUUAUUUGAAACACUUCUUCAAUUCUAUCAAAGCUCUGUUUUAUCGGACAAUAAAGAUGAAAGUGAAAUAAACAAGUUAUUGCAUGAAAUGGCCUAUUUUUAUGACGUGGCGUUACGAACGCAUGGUCAAUUAAUAAAUGAAACCAAAACGUUUUUGAAAGACUUUCAUGUGGAAAUGUCUGUUUUGACAGCUUACUUUCAAUAUUACAGAAAUAAUUCUUCAUUUCAUAUCAACGAUAAAAGCAUAUCCGAAAUUAUUACUUCAGCAGUUGAGCCUGAAAACAUUGACGUAUGGAAAGAGAUGGUAGAGAAAAAUUCAGCACAAUUUGAAACCCGAGAGAAGUCAAAGAAGUCUGAAAGAAAUGAAGAGGGAGUUACUUUUUGUUCUAAAUGUAAAUGUCAGCUCGGAUAUAGGAGACAACUCUCGGCUUUUCCUGUGCCGCCCGAAAGACCCCGAAAUAUAAGAUACCCAUACGAUUUCUACGUGAUAUUUUCUCCACUUGACAGAGAUUGGGUUUGUCACGUGUUGUUGCAAACUCUAGAAGUAUCAUAUGGAUAUAAAGGCGCCGUAGCGGAGAGAGAUACGAUUCCAGGUUCCAUGGAUAUAUUUAAACGCACAUCCUUUAUUCAGAACUGUCCCAAGAUACUUGUAGUGUUGCGCACAGAGUUUGAAGACUAUCCUGAAUGUAACUAUGAGUUGGCUCAUGCUCUCCACAGAAUGAACGAUGGAAAAUCGGAAAAUUUAGUGAUCCCAAUAUGUCGUACCAUUAAUGGUAUGCACCCAAGCCUUAAGACUAUAACGUACUUGGAUGCAGUAGAUGAUUGUGAUUGGAAUAAGCUGAUCAAGGCAUUGGAGCUGAAAUGAUUGAUAGUA